CGGCCCAGUGACGUAUCUUGUGCGCACGGGCGCCGGUGUUGUCGCGAAAACUAUCGCGGACCGAUCAAAAGGAGAAAGACCGCCAGAUCGAACGAGAGAGGAAGACAGAGAGAGAGAGAGAGGAGAGUGCUCGAUCUACUUUUCAAAUGCGAUAACGCAGUCUCGAAGGGAGACUAGGCGACGGAGGACGCGGAAGGAUUCACGGACGGUGAACGAUCGCCGGGACUUGGCCGCCGCUCCGGAUGAUCGAUAUCUCGGAGGAGAUGCACGCGGGCACGCGGUUACUGGCAGCGCCCGGGCGAAAAUGAGGAGGUAAAAACAACAAAAGUGGGAAGACACUUUAACGCAGUCGGAAGAUGAAGAUAUAAAAAAGGCCAACGGCUGCAGUUUUGUUAUCCCGUCCGCGAGAGCCGAUUUUUAAAUAUGCCACAUCAGUUUGGAUUGCCCACAAUGGCACACGGAAUGCAAUCUCCGCCCUCGCCGACCUCGGUCAUGUCCGUCUAUCCUCGAUUCGGCUCUGGCAUCUACAGGCCUGAUCAUCAAGAUCAGCGACUGACUCGCGAAGCGAUGGAACGUUACUUGCGCGAUCGUAGCGACAUGGUAAUCGUAAUACUGCACGCCAAAGUUGCUCAGAAAUCAUACGGUAACGAGAAACGUUUCUUCUGUCCACCCCCGUGUAUUUAUCUCUUCGGCGACGGUUGGAGGAUGCGCCAGGAACAGAUGCUGCGCGAGGGCGAGAGCGAGCAGAGCGCCCAGUUGUGCGCUUUCAUCGGGAUCGGCAACUCGGAGCAGGAUAUGCAGCAAUUGGAUCUGAACAACGGCAAACAAUACUGCGCGGCCAAGACACUCUACAUCUCCGACUCGGACAAACGCAAGCACUUCAUGCUUUCCGUCAAGAUGUUUUACGGCAGCGGCCACGACAUCGGCGUGUUUCACAGCAAGCGAAUCAAGGUGAUUUCGAAACCGUCCAAAAAGAAACAGUCACUGAAGAAUGCGGAUCUGUGUAUCGCUAGUGGCACGAAAGUGGCGCUCUUUAAUCGAUUGCGGUCACAGACGGUUAGUACGCGCUACCUUCACGUCGAGAACGGCAAUUUCCAUGCGAGUUCGACACAGUGGGGCGCGUUCACCAUUCAUCUUCUUGAUGACAACGAAAGCGAAUCCGAGGAGUUUCAAGUGCGCGACGGUUACGUGCACUACGGCAGUACCGUCAAACUUGUGUGUUCUGUCACGGGAAUGGCGCUACCGCGACUGGUAAUCCGCAAGGUGGACAAACAAAUGGCCAGUCUCGAAGCCGACGAUCCCGUUUCGCAAUUACACAAGUGCGCCUUUUACAUGAAGGACACGGACAAAAUGUAUUUGUGCCUGUCGCAAGAACGCAUAAUACAAUUUCAGGCUACGCCCUGUCCGAAGGAAGCGAACAAAGAAAUGAUCAACGAUGGCGCUUGCUGGACGAUCAUCAGCACCGAUAAAGCGGAGUACCAGUUUUUCGAAGGCAUGGGCCCGGUACGAUCGCCGGUGACGCCGGUGCCGUUGGUUCACAGCUUGCAUCUUAACGGCGGUGGUGAUGUGGCGAUGCUCGAACUAACGGGCGACAAUUUCACACCGAAUCUACAGGUCUGGUUCGGCGACGUGGAAGCCGAGACCAUGUACAGAUGCCAGGAGAGCAUGCUCUGCGUCGUGCCCGACAUCUCGCUGUUUCGCGGCGAGUGGCUGUGGGUACGUCAGCCAACGCAGGUGCCGGUCUCUUUGGUGCGCAACGACGGCAUCAUCUACGCAACCGGUCUGACUUUCACAUAUACUCCCGAACCUGGACCACGUCCGCAUUGCCCGCCUGCCGAGGAAAUUAUGCGAGCGCCUCGUGCCAUGCACAAUCAAGCCAGUAUACCGCCCGCCGCGAUGCCCGCCGACGUGCCCUGGAACACUCACGGACAGCCGCCGCAGUCGGGUCUCUGAUGUCUUCUAGAUAAACGUCACAACGCGAACCAAAGUCUAUGUAAUAGUGAUACGAACGGUGUUACGCCACCCGUAGUGUCUCAAGAUGACAAUGACGACGACGGUGACGAAAGAAGUGAGAGCGACGACAACAACGACGACGAUGACGACGACGACGACGACGACGACGACGACGACGACGAUGAUUGCUCGUUUCUGGAGAAAGACUUGUUGCUCGAAGUUGAGGGCAACGCGGCGCGGAACUUAGACAAUACGAGAACGUAGCAUUUCGCUCAAUGCGCUCGCGGCGCACGACGUGGCGCGUCGAAACUUGCGCGCUAAAAGAAAUCCUAAGCUACAACACGUAUAAAUUGUUGAUAAAAAAAAAAAAAAAAGAUUUACAGAGAUAAUAAUUUAUAUAGCAAUUUUAGAUUUAACAGUCCAAGCGAGUGUGAAUAGAUCGAGUCAAGUGUACGGAGUUUGACGAUAGAGAAUUUUCGAGAAAAACGAACAAGAUUAACGCAGAAAAAAAAGGCCAAUAAGAGGCCUCACGCGCUGAUGACGCGUACAACAUUUUGAUUCGAAAUCGGAGUCUUCUCGAUGUAAUAAAUUCGUCGUCGAGUCACGGACAAUGUUUGUAUUCCUUUUUCUUAAUCAAAUCGAUACACACACUGAGCGACAGUAAUCCCCAGAGUGUGUGUCCCUAGUUGAAAAAUAAAUAAAUUUACUGCUGGUGCGUUAAAGCGCUCUUUUCUUGGAAGUUUAUUGUCUCAUCAGAGUUUAAGAGGAAUCAAAGAAACUAUCAAAUGAAUAUAAUAGUAUUAAGAACGAGGAUAAUACAUAGUCUUAGUCUAUAUACAUUUGCAUAUCGGUCACCGAACGAUGGUUGUGCUUUUAAAACAUUAUACAUUUGUUACAAGAAGAACUGCUGCUAUGUUCAGAACUCAGUAUAGCGCGUCUCGAACUAGUCGCCACGUUGCCACUUGAUUGCAACGGUGCAAAAGCUUCAAUUCGUUGAAGUUAGUAUAAAAGUCCUUUUUUUUUUUAUUCGAACCAUGAAAAGAGAUUCUCGUACGAAGAAAAAGAGGGAGAAAAAGAAAGAAUGAAUUUACGAGUUUACUAAACUCGAGAACUAUACUGAAGUUCGAAUAUCGCUUCACGUGUGAAUGGUCCAUCGUGUAUGUACAAAGUAGCGUAGGAAUACGGAGUUACACGCAAUGUAUUUUUUGAAACCGCGCACGACUGUGCUCGACAUUUGGUACAUUUGUAAAUUCGUACGCGCGCGGUGUCAAUACAUAGACUCUUUCAUUAUUUAUUAGGAGAGCAUGGUAUAAAACAAAAUGGCAUAUAUCUUCAGUGAGUGUGAAUGAGUGUCGUGAGUAAUUGGUGCUGAUCGUGAAGAUGGCCACAGAGGUUUGUUGUCAAAAGUCAGUCAGAGUUCGUCUGUGUAUGUAUUUUUUUUUUUUUUUUUUUUUUUUUUUUUGUCUCUUCCUGUUCUCUGAAAGGAGAGAAAAAGAGAGAGAGAAAGAUCGUCGCGUGAGAUCCGGUUCAGAGAAAACGGCAUAAGUUAUAAGUUUCUCUCUUCUGAUUAAUUACGUAUAUAAUUUGUUUUAACCUUGAUAAAAGAGAUAUAUUGUUUUAUAUAUGUCUAGUAUCUCUCUUUCAACGUAUGUACGUAUACAGCACUUUUUGUGAUUGCAAUAUUACGUGGACCUCGAUGUAAUAAGUACACCUUAGAAUAAUUUCUCGCGCGUGCGUGCGCGAGAUUAACUUGCUCGGUUAAUUCUCGCCACAGAAAUAUUUCUCACCUUGUAAAAAUUAAAAAAAACGGUAGAACGUGAAUUUAUAUAUUAUUAUUAUCAUUAUUACAUGACGUUAUACACAUGUAUAUAUGUGUUUCUUCUUUUUUUUGUAGUUUCGUCGAAACACAACACGCCGCAAAUGUCCACAAACAAUGUGAGCCGGGACAGAUAUUUUUAUUAAAUCGUAUGACAUGAAGAAAAAUAUAUGUUUUACGUGCUGAUGAACAGAAUUAGAUUAUCUUUUUCACAGAUCACACGCAUCGAGAACUUUCUUGUAUCAUAUUUUCUUGAAGUAAUUUUAUUACUUUUCUGAUUUGGACAGAAUUGAAAAUUUUAACAUUUUAUAUGCAUUAUUGUGGUAUUGUUGCUCGAUCAUUACCUAACGAAGACAUCGUAUAAAUAUGAUUUUUUUUAAUUUCCUCAUACGAUUAAGAGAAUAAACCUUGAAAAACGAAAGUUUAUAUACUCCAAGAUCUUUACGUCGUCCGAUCGGAUCUCGAUCGAUUUCUCCCUAAUCCUUCCCGCAAACCUGAUGAGAAAAUUGUGCCACAGAACAUAUCAACCACUCACGAACCUUAUCCUCAAAAUCACGAAUGUUCUCGAAAACAUUCGGAAAAUAUUUAUGUAUUUUAUGUGUAAAAAAAAAAAAAAGGAUAAUAAUCUUUUCAUUUUUAAGAUGUACACUCACGUCUCAGAAAGAUUUUAAUAAAAGGAUAUUUAAUAGAAAGUUGCGAUUUUUCGCAACGUGCUUUUUUUUUUUUACCGGUGUUAGCGCGUGUUUUCGACCCUUCUUCUUUUUUUUGUUUUUUUUUUUUUUUUUGCAGAAGAGAUAAUCGAAAUAUAUCGUCAUCUCCGAGAGGAAGUGCGAUAGCAUCACCUUGGGAAUGUCUUCUCGAAGAGAUCCGCGUUGGAAAAGGGGGAACGCUUGGUAUACAUUCUAUGGGAAUUUACCCACGCGAUUAAAACGCUUGUACUUUGCGUGUAGAGAGAGGGAGAAAAAAAAACAAUCGUCUUUAUUCACAAUUAUAAAAACUAAUAGUAAUUAACAGUGAAUUCUUACUCAAGACGUUUUUUUUAUUUCAAAAUCGCAUAUUGCAUAGAUACAAGCUAGACAAAUUCUGAUAAUCGUCUUUUUCUUACGUUGCACGUCAAUUGCCAUUCGAGCGUCCUUGUGUAUAAAUUUUUCGUAAAAAGUUUGAUUAAACAACUGUUUUUUUUUUGUUCGAUCUGUAAAUAAAUCGUCUAUAUCGUUGGACGAAUGGUCCGGACUGUUCGUUGUCGACGGUAGACGUUCGCGGUGUUAUUUAUUACACAGACGCGUUAUUCUUCAAAUAAACAAUUUAUGCAUAGCCCUUAUUAUAUAUGCCCGUGUUAAAUUAGCGCGCUGAAAAAUAGCGUCGCGCGUACUGUAAUUGUCUCGAGAGACAAUAGCGUCGGUUCUAUAAGAUUUUUUUCUUUAAUCGACCAAUGAUUAUUUAUAAUAUAUAUUGAGAAGGAUAAUAUAUUUUAUACAAAGCUCUCUCUUAUAUACGCUAUAUGUGAGAAUUUCUUAACCAUAAGGAAAUCCAUGUACAAAUCGUACGGCUAACUUGUGUACAUAUAAGUGGUUUCUUUUUCUUCCUUUUAUAUCGGAGAAAAAUGUGUUACGUAUCAUAAAUUAACAGAUAAAACGAAGUGUACGAUCUAUAUUUUAUACGUUAUAAAUUAUAAUUGUUAUUAGUAGCAUUAAA